CACUGCUUCUCAGAUAUCUCCAUGACAACCAUGGCCUUGGAGGAGCCUGAUGGAGGCUUGGGCAGCUGCCAGGCGGUGACACCCAGGCUGGCCAACUCCAGCAGCUGGCCCCAUGAUUCUCAGGAGUCAGAGGCUGAGGGUAGCUCUUCAGGCAGAGUGGAUACCAGGCCCAAGAAGACAGAAAAGGAGUCUGUGGCCAAAGUGGCCCCAGGACCCAGCAAGGACAGGCUGAAAGCAGGAGCAACCCCGAGGAGUCCCGCGCGCAAGAAGGCGCAGGCCGCACCACCCCCGCAGCGGUCGCCACCACCUCUGGCCCUGAGCGAGGAGCUACCGUGGGGAGACAUGUCGCUCAACAAGUGCCUGGUGCUCGCCUCGCUGGUGGCACUGCUGGGCUCGGCCUUCCAGCUGUGUCGGGACGUCGUGGUUGGGGAGGUGGACGCCCCUGCACCUGUCCCUGAGCCAUGGGUCCCACCGAACUCGGCACCAAAGAAGCCAGCGUCGCCCUCGCCGAAGCCUGCGGCCUGGACCCCCCCAUCGGGACCCUCUGAGCCCCAGGUGCAGGCAGAGAAGAGGACCGAAGUUCCCAGGAGUGCGGAGGCUGAAGAAAAGGAGGAAGGGGACCCUGAGAAGGCCGCUGGAGAGGAGCGCGCUUCCCUUGCCCACGAAGGCCCCAAGGAGAGGCUGCAGAAAGAGAGGCCGCGGAAGGAGAGGCCGCGAAAGGAGAGACAGAGGACGGAAGAGAAACCACGGAAGCCCGAGAAGCCACGGCCCGCCAGGGAGUCCGGGGAAUCCUUACCCCGGCGCUGGAAGGCACGCGAUGGGGGCCAUCGGCCGUGGGUACAGGACUCCAGAGAUCCUGAGCACAGGAAGAGGCAGGCCUGGGCCUCCCCACGGCGCCCCAACGCGGAGGACUGGCCUCCAGGCCGCCAGAAACACCGCGCGGGGAAGGGGCGGGACUGA